UUAGAAUGAGGAAAACAGCCUUCUCCUCUGUCCGUGUGCUGUUUUUCUUUUUCUUUCUUUUCUUUUGUUGACGCUCGCUCACCCUUAAACAAAACCCACACACCACUCUCUGUUACUUCACUCUCUUCCAACGCAGAUACCGCUAUGGGAGAUACCGCUAUCAUUCUCCGCUUCCAAGGUACCUUAGACCCUACUGCUCAAGAGUUCACUCCAAACCACAUUCCCUUAUCCUUCUCUCUUGCUCUUCCCUAUCCCUAUCCCUAUCCCUACCCUCACUACGCCGCCACUCCUCCUCCCCAUCUCUCCCCCUCACCCACCCGCUCCCUUCUCCUUACUCCCGUCCCUCCCACCGCCUCUCACUCUGACCUCCGAAAAGAUCUUCAAUCUUUCGGAGACGUCAGAGCACUUCAUACUGAGUCCCUCCCUUACGGAAUCGUAACAGUUCAUUACUGCGACCUUCGACACGCUCAAACGGCUUUUACCGCUAUCCGUACUCACCAUGUUCACUCUGUUUCGUUUUAUAAUCCCCUUUGCCCCCAAUUUAAUACUUCCCCCCCGCCUCCUGGUAUUGUCGCCGGUUCUCCCCUUUGGGCUAACUACAUCCUCCCUGACGCUCAGAAUCAAGGAACCCUCGUCGUUUUCAACUUGGACGCCGACGUUUCCUCUCACCAUCUUCGACAAGUUUUCGAGCCUUUUGGACCCAUAAAGGAAGUGAGGGACACCCUAGGGAACAAAAAGAAUGAAAGAUUUGUGGAAUUUUUUGACAUAAGAGAUGCUGCGAAAGCUUUGAAACAAAUGAAUGGCAAAGAAAUUAAUGGGAAAUCUGUUUCUAUUGAGUUUAGUAAAGUUGGUUUUGGAAGAAAGUUUUAUCAUUCAGCUUAUCCCUCUCAUGCAUCCAAUAAACCUCUUCACUUCAACAUUAAUCCACCUCUCUUACCACCAACACCACCACACUUUACUCAUCGUUUUGAUCCUCGUUACCAUUCACCUCAACCGCCACAAUUUUCUCCCAAUAAUUUCACAUGUAACCGGGGAAGUACCAAUAAUAGGCUUGAAGAGCAGAAUUCUCCUAGGAGGAAUUUUGUUAGAAGCAACUCAAUGGACACUAUGAGUAACAGGACAUGGAAUUGGAGGGGAAAGCAAGGAAAGAAACAUGAAACUCGGUUUGUGAUCAAAGAAGAUGCCAUUGUUGAAUCCAGUUUCAGAGACUCCCGAACAACUGUCAUGAUAAAAAACAUACCCAACAAAUACAGUCAGAAGUUACUGUUGAACAUGUUGGACAACCACUGCAUACACUGCAACGAGCAGAUAGGAGACGGCGAUGACCAGCCUCUAUCCUCCUACGACUUCGUCUACCUUCCUAUUGAUUUCAAGAACAAAUGCAACGUGGGAUACGGGUUUGUGAAUAUGACAUCUCCGGAGGCAACGCUGAGACUCUACAAGGCCUUCCAUCACCAACAUUGGGAGGUGUUUAACUCGAGAAAAAUAUGCCAAAUCACCUACGCCAGAGUUCAGGGAUUGGAAGCUUUGAAAGAACAUUUUAAGAACUCAAAGUUCCCGUGCGAGAUGAAGCAUUACCUACCAGUGGUGUUUUCACCAGCUCGAGAUGGGAGAAAAAUGACGGAGCCAAUUCCAGUAGUGGGGAUGGUGAACUCUCCUGUAGAUGAAGAGAUGAAAAGUGAGGGCGUGGGAGAUAAUGACGAAAAUAGUAAAGCAGCAGAAGAAGCUAAGUGAAGGGUUUGUGUGAGUCACAACCUCUUGCAGCACGCACAUCAUGAGCAACGAGCCACAUCUGUGUUCUAUCUUCAAUUCACUCAUCUAUCAACCUUUUGCUGCUCGUUGCUCAUUUCUUUACAACUAUUUUCUUUUUUAUUUUCUUUGCUCUAUAGUUAAAUUAUAGCCUUUUAGCUUCUCGCACUUCAAAUGUAGUAGAGACUAGUACUAGUACUAGUACCAGUAGUAUGUUCUUCGCCUACAUGUUCAAAUUUCAAUCUAUUAUUUAUUUUUUUAUUUAUUCAAACGCUCGAUUAUUUACGGACUCUUUUUAGUGAACC